AUGGUUAGCUCUGGGGGAUGUUUCUUGUCCCUCCUUUUCACGUUGGCGGCUGCCUCAGGCCCCAUCGCUGACGGAGAAUACGACUACAUCAUCGUGGGAGGAGGCACGUCCGGUCUUACAGUCGCCAACCGGCUUUCCGAGAACCCUAAUGUCAAUGUCAUUGUCAUUGAGGCCGGUGCUUCUGUCCUGAACAAUAGCAAUGUCACCGAUGUCGACGGAUACGGACUCGCGUUUGGCACAGCAAUUGACUGGCAAUACGAGUCGGUCAACCAGAUCUAUGGGGGUAAUUCUUCUCAAGUCCUGCGGGCUGGCAAAGCUUUGUCUGGCACCAGCGCUAUCAAUGGAAUGGCGUACACACGCGCGGAAGACGUCCAAAUCGAUGCUUGGCAAGCAGUUGGCAACAAUGGGUGGACCUGGGAGAGUUUGUUCCCGUACUACCUUAGCGCCGAGAACUUGACGAUCCCAACCGUGUCCGAAGUCGAGCUUGGGGCCACUUACAACCCGGCUUAUCAUAGUGAAACCGGCCUAUUGGAUGUAGCUUUCACUAAGAUGGUUAACGGCACACUCCUGAGCCUUUUGAAUGGAACAUUCCAGAGUUUGGGUGUGCCAUGGUCUGAAGAUGUUAAUGGAGGCAAAAUGAGAGGUCUCAGCGUCUGUCCUUCCACAGUUAAUUAUCAGGAAUAUGUUCGUGAAGAUGCUGCCCGUGCUUAUUAUUGGCCCUAUGCAUCUCGUGGAAAUCUUCAUGUCUUGCUCAACACCUUUGUGAAUCAUAUCGAGUUGGAUAGGACGGCGUCAAAUAACAAUGUCACGGCCAGCGGAGUGCAGGUCACUUACCAGAACGGCACCGUCGGUGUUAUCAAAGCCAAGAGAGAGGUCAUUCUCUCUGCUGGCUCCCUCAAGAGCCCAGGUAUUCUUGAACUCUCGGGUAUCGGAAACCGACGGGUUUUGGAGAAGUAUAAUGUCACCGUCCUCGUUGACCUCCCUAGUGUAGGAGAGAACCUCCAAGAUCAGAUGAAUACUGAUCUGUCUGGUGCGACUACACAUAAGGUUACUGGGCACACGGCUCUUGUUUACGCCAACGUGCAAGAUAUUUUUGGCAAUGAAACAGAGGCCAUUUCGACGCUUGUCCGCAAUAGCCUCAAAGAUUAUGCCAGCGACACCGCGAAAGCCAAUGGCGGGGUAAUGAGUGCGGAUGAUUUAGAAGAUCUUUUCCGGGUCCAAUACGACCUUAUAUUCAAGGACGAAGUUCCUAUCGCAGAAAUUUUAUAUUACCCGGGCAGUGGGAACAGCCUUAUGACGGAAUACUGGGGCUUACUUCCCUUUUCACGCGGCAGCGUCCAUAUCGCAUCGUCAAACCCUUUGAUCAAGCCAACCAUUAACCCAAACUACUUUAUGCUUGACUGGGACAAUAAGCUUCAGAUUGGGAUUGCGAAACUCAUUCGCCGAUCAUAUGAGACUUAUCCCCUGCGAAACCUAGUCAAGGCAGAGUCGAGCCCUGGACUCAAGACUAUCCCUCAAAAUGCCUCUGAUGCUGAAUGGAGGGAGUGGAUCGUCAGACAUUAUCGUUCCAAUUUCCACCCCGUCGGAACUGCGGCUAUGAUGCCUCGCGAGAAGGGCGGUGUUGUCUCCGAGCAUCUUAUUGUUUAUGGGACGACUAACGUCAGGGUGGUUGACGCUUCCGUUCUCCCUUUCCAGGUUGACGGUCACUUGGCGGGCAUCCAGAAAGACCUUUCCGACGGUCUGUCUCCCGACCUCUUUGCUCUUGACCAAUAUGCUCGAUAUGGCGUGAACUCUCGCAUCUCUGCCAUCGCCUACGAUCCCGUCCAGUCGCUAAUCGCAGUCGGCACGAGCGAUAGCCAGUUCGGCAGUGGGCGGAUAUACGUAUUCGGACAACGUCGGGUUUCGGUUGUCUUCGAUCUACCGCGCAAGGCUUCAGCCAAGUUUCUCCAGUUUUCUGCCGAUAAACUGCUCAGCGUCGAUUCAAAGAGCGAAGUAUGUAUCUUUUCGCUGGAGACGAAGCAAAGGCUGGCGUCGUAUGCCCCGCCAAGCCAUGUCUCUGCUGUUGCGGCCGACCCAAGUGUGGACUACGUGAUUCUGGGUCUUCAAAAUGGUGAAAUUAUUGCUUAUGAUAUGGAUCGAGAGGUUCUGGCGCCGCUCAGACUUCCCAACUUCUGGGCAGAACGGAACCCACGAGUACGCAUGGCACCAGUUGUUUCCCUAGCCUUUGCACCUCGAGAUAUAGGCAAACUAUUAAUCGGCUAUCCAGAGGGCGCUGUCAUCUACUCCUUCAAGCAGAAUAUUGCCCAAAAUUUCUUCGAAUACGUUGUUCCCGCUGGUGCUCCGGGUGGUGACUCAGAUCCAACUCUUUCUCGGGAGGCACGCAAGCCUCGAUUGACAAGAGUCUUGUGGCACCCAACCAAUGUAUUCAUUCUCACGGUCCACGAAGAUACGAGUUUGGUUUUCUGGGAUGCAAAGGAUGGACGUUUAGUGAUGGCCAGGACCAUUGACGAUGCCAAUGUCAACGAACUAGGAACUCGGCCUGAGAGCUCAGGCUCCGGACCCGGAACAUUCUCAGUUAAAGAUCCUCUCUUUCAGAUUGCAUGGUGUGCAAAGGAGAACCCAGAUAACACGGGGUUGUUGAUUGCUGGAGGACGCCCGUCAAGUGAUAGGAACAAAGGUUUGAUGUUCUUGGAUCUGGGACUAACUCCGAAUUAUCAAACAUCCUCAUGGCAAAUUCUCUCAAAACACUUUGAAACAUUUCGCAAUCGCCACAUCCUUGCUGUUCCGCCGGGGGCAGAGGUCGUCGAUUUCUGCCCAAUUCCUCGCGGAUCUCCGUACUUUGCUGGGGCUCAGGAUCCGAUUGCCGUCAUUGCUCUAUUGUCAUCUGGGGAGCUUGUCACUCUCAGUUUUCCUAAUGGCCAUCCUAUCUCCCCAAGUAAUAUGCUUCAUAUCUCAUUGUCUCUCGUACAUCCCUUUGUCACGAAAAUGAUUUGCGCUCCAGUGAGCCGGUCGAACUGGCUUGGCUUGAAAGAGAGGAGGGCGCUAGGCCCAAAAUUUCUUUUCGGUGGUGCUGAGAGUAAAAGGCCUAUGAAGCGUUUCGAAGACCGCAACAUCGCGAUCACAGCACAUGCGGACGGAGUCAUCCGAAUGUGGGAUGCAGGACACGACGAUGAAAUCGAAAACGGAGAUGUCAUUCAAAUAGACCUGGCUCGGGCCAUUGCUCGUAAUAUCAAUACACACAUCACCCAGUUAUCUUUUUCAGGUGCAUCUGGAGAGUUGUCAGCCGGUCUUCGCAGUGGUGAAGUCGUUAUAUUCCGCUGGGGACGAAACCAGAAUGCUGGAGGCGAAAAGGCUCCGGGUGCCAAUGCUGGCCCGGGAAAAAUGACAAAUAUAACACACCGAGCUGAUCCAAAUUUGAAUGAUGGCUUGUUGCCGUUGACCCUUUUGGAAAUGCAAAAAGGCCCUGUCACUGCCCUCAAGCACAGCGACGUUGGGUUCGUUUGUGCUGGCUUUGAAGAAGGUCACCUUGUUAUCAUUGACCUCCGUGGCCCUGCGGUCAUUUUCAGUGCCGACAUUCGCGACUUUGCCAAAACAAACAAACGGGCUAGCAUUCGCAAGAGUCGAACGGGCGAAACCUCCAGUGCAGAGUGGCCAACCAGCAUUCAGUUUGGCGUUUUGACAUUGGAGGACGAAGAUUACUCGAGUAUUUGCUGCUUCGUGGGAACAAACCGUGGAAACCUUGCUACCUUGAAGAUCCUACCGUCUAGCAAUGGAACCUAUUCGGCCGCUUUCGCAGGAAGCGUGGCGGUUGAAGAUUCUGUUCUUGCAAUUCACCCGAUAAACGCGGAUUCCGGUGAACCUGCAUUGGCAACACAGAACGUUGUAUCCGCACUUCGAAACGGCGCCAAAGUCAACGGAGUCUUGGUCGUGGUAACAUCAUCUGGCUGCAGGAUUUUCAAGCCGGCCACGAAUAAAGGAGCUUCGAAAACCUGGGACGAGUUUAUAUGUUACUCGGCAGGAGUUGUAAAAACCGAGGGCCACGGGUACAGUCUUGUUGGCGUUUUUGGUGAUGGCAAUGCCCGCGCGUACUCGAUUCCUGGUCUGAAAGAGAUUGGGUGCACUUCCAUCAACACUACUCUCGAUUUGCAGCGGCUCUCGGACGCUAUCAUAUCUUCGUCUGGUGAUGUUCUCGGAUGGGCAGGACCUUCCGAGAUUGCAGUUUUCAACGUUUGGGGUGCAGGAACUCCUUUACCGCAGUCCGAUGAUAAACUCUACAAUCCAGACGCUGUUAUUCCCCCACGACCAACCAUAUCAAACUUCCAAUGGAUUUCAGGAACCCAAUAUGUCACACCUGCCGACAUGGAUUUACUGAUCGGCGGCCCUGAUCGCCCACCAUCAAAGAGAAUGAUGGAACAAAUGAAACUCGAUGACGUUGAGCGCCGCAAAGCGCUUCGCGAAGGCCGCGUUCCUACACAAUCAGCUGCCGGUGGUAACACCAACAACGAAGGCUACUGGUCUUAUAUGCAACGCCAAGUCCAAGAACGAACAGAGCGUCUUGGAAUUGCGGGCGAUAGCAUGGAUCGACUAGAAGAGAAUAGCAGCAACUGGGCCAACGAUGUUAGCAAAUUUGUAUCGAAUCAGAAAAGAAAGGCUGUUUUUGGUGCUCUCGGCUCAAAGUUUGGAAUGUAA